AUGAAUUUCUCAUUAUCUCAAAAUAAUAUCUCCCCACAAAGAUUACAGACUUCUCCAUCGCAGCAAUCACAACAAUCACAACAAUCACAACAAAUAUCACCGUCGCAAAGAACAGUAUUAAAAGUUAAUCAUAAAUAUAAUUUAAAUUACCAAACAGGUGCAGGAGAAUUAAUAAUAUUAUGUGGACCACAUUUUGUUGGUAAAACAUUCUACUAUCAAUUAAACUAUAGCAAAACACACGAAAGGGUAUCAGCACAAGAAUUAUUUAAUAAAUUUAAUAGAAAUAAGAACGAAAGCGACAAUAAUUCAGAGUUAAUAUCAUUUAAUAAAAUAAUAACCAACUAUGUCUUAAAACCAUUAGGAGAAGGUAAAAAUGUAUUAGUUGACGACACAAACCAUUUGGCAACCGUACGAGAAAGUUAUCUUUCAGCAUUAGAAAAGAAUAAAGUACCAGUUUCAAAGAUAGUUUUAUUUAAUUUUAUUCCUGAGGGUGGCGAAUUACAAUUAAAGUGGAGCAGUGCAUGGAAUGAUUGCGAAAAAUCUUUAUCAUCAAACACAAAUAAUCAAACCAAUGAUUCUGCAAAAAUAGAUCUAGAAACAUUUAAAUUCGAAUAUAAGCAGCCAUACUCUUAUGAUGGAUUCACAUAUGUAAAGGAUAUUACAGUACCACUUUCGUUCAACAUCACCAAAAAUCAUUUUAUGGAUAAGAAAUUUAAAAAUAUUGGUUUAUUUUUAGACUCUAGAGCAAUUAUAGAAUUUAUAAAUAAUAAUAAUAAUAAUAAUAAUAAUAAUAAUAACAAUAAUGAUAAUAAUAAAAAUACACUUCAAUGGAAUAUUAAAUUAAAAGAUAAAUGUUAUAUUUCAAUUAAAGAAUGGAUAAAAAGUUCAGUUAAUAGAAGGGUAAUUGUUUUAUUAGAUGAGGUUUCAUUAUUUCCAAUAUCACUAGACAAUGAAAACGAACAAGUUUUAAAUCUUUAUCGAGAAAUGAUAAAGAAUUGUUUUUCAGAAUUAUCAAAGCAAAUUCAAGCACCACUUUAUUAUUUUAGUUGUCCAAAAGAUUUACCUGAAACCGAUUUUUAUAGAUUUCCAAAUGAUUUAGGUUUAAUUGCAUGGGCUCACCAUAGACAUAGACUAUCAUUAUUUUCAUCAGUUUUCAUUAUUGACGAUAGUGAUUUAAAAACAAUUUCAAAUUUGCCUUUUAAUAUUUGUUUAGCUUCCAAGUUUUUUCAAUUAAAUAACUGGAAAUCUGAUAACAAGAUAUCAAAUCAUCUUAUUGAAAACUCAAUCAAUAUACCAUCAUUUAUAGAAAAUGUUCAAUUUGUAGAGUUUAAUGAAAGUGGCGAAAUCGAGAUUGAAAAGGGAAUACCUUUAUUUUCGAAAUUUAAAUCUUUAUCUGUAUCACAGACUGAUAACAAUCAUUUAUCUUUAACCGAAGAGUUUUUAUCAUUUGGGAAAGUUCAUGGUGCAUUUUUCCCAUCAUUAGUCAAUGACGAGGCUGAUGGUGACAAAGAAAACAUUGAUCAACAACAACUUCAAAAAGAAGAAACGAAACCAGCUCCAAAGGAUCAAAUAAUAGAUAAUAGCCAAGGUAUUAGAUUAUAUGAAAAAGGUUUUUUGCCUCAUGUUAAUGUCAAGUGUUUAAAAGAUUUUGGUUGCGAUGAUUCAAGUAUUAAAAGAGGCUAUGAUUAUUAUCAAGAAUCCAAUUCAAGAAUAUCAUGUUUAGAAUGUACAGUUGUUGGUGGUAAUUCGGUGAGAGUAAAUUCAUUUUGUCAAGGAACUGGUGCCCAACCCUAUGUAGUUUCAAUUAGAUACAGGGCCAAAAUGGGGAUAAAAAAUAGCAACGAAAACCUUUCACCAAUUUUAGAAACAAGUUGUAAUUGUCCAAGUGGCUCAAAAACUUAUGGUAAAUGUAAACAUAUCGUCACAUUGGUUCAACACUGCAAUCAUUUAUAUGCAAUUUCACCAACAUCUCCAUUUUCAUCAUCCCCUCAAUCAAUUUCACCAAAUUCAUCUCCACCACAUUCAAAUGUAAAUACCAGUAAUAACAACAGAACACCAACUCGUAAACUUCCUUCAUGGUGGGCAAGCGAGCCCUCAAAAGAUAAAUUAAAAACCUCCCCAAACAAAAGAACAUCAAAUUUGUAUUUCCCAGAGAAUAAACAAAGAAAAGUAAGACCUCAAUUAGAAUUUGAACCAAUCAAAGUCAAUAUCAGUCCCGUUAAAAACAACAAUUUAAUUAAACAAUUCAAUACCCAACAAAAAUCACAACAAAUUGAUAUCUUUGGUACACCAAUAUUAGAAAAGCAACCAUCUUUUAAUAUGGAUUUUGAUUUUGAUUUUGAAAAGGAAGAAAGCGAGUUAAGAAAAAUUGAAAAGAAUAGAAAGGAAACACAGGAUUAUAUUGAUCAACUCUUUGAAAAUCAAAAGAAAAAAGAUAAAAAGAUUUUCAUUGAUCAAAACCAACCCCAAGCUGUUAAAAAAACUUUGGAUGACGACGAUUUAUUUAAACGAACUGUUUCAGAAGACGAUUUAUUAAAAUUUGUUCAAGAAACUGAAUCAAUGAAAGCAAGUACUGUUAGUGUUGGUUCUUCCAUAAGAAGUAGUACAAACAGCAAUGGUAGCGUCACAAGCAAUAAAUCAAUCAAUAGUAAUAUCCCGCUACCAAAUACUCAACAUUUACGUAAAGAAUUUAAAAUCAAUGAUUAUCAAUUACAAAAUUUUUUUGAUGAUUAA